GGUGACAAUCUGUGCGGGAGUACACAGUGUAUUUUAUACUUACUUGGACCGGAUUUUGGAGGACAAUCAAAAUUAAUGCUGCUCCUUCCUAUAGCCUUUAAAUCAAAACCUAGAUUAGGAGUGAUAUUUUACUGCACUUUGCUUGAAGAACUAAUUCAAGAAUUCAAUGGCUGGAGGCUCCAAGUCCGCUACAUACCAGGAUGCGGCAGUCCCAGAAAUUUUGGAUUGAAGGUAUCUUCUGCAAAAGAGAAUGUGCAAAGAUUAUACCAGCUUCCAAAGAUCCACACAGAUGCCAUGGUGGGUGCCAGGUCUGCCAGAACCUUAUCAGGUGUUGCUGUGGAAGGUUAAUUGGAGACCAUCCAGGGAUAGAUUAUGACUGGCCAAUAUAUUCUCUACCACAAGAGGUAAAUGAUGAGGAAUGGUCGGUACAGAGGCAUACAAAGAUCAGCCCCACAGAUGCUUUUGGCACCAUCAAUUUCCAAGAUGGUCAUCACACUUACCAUGCAAAGUAUAUAAGAAUAUCCUAUGACACCUGUUUGGACCAACUGAUGCAUCUCAUGAUAAAGGAAUGGCAAAUGGAGCUUCCUAAACUAGUGAUUUCCGUUCAUGGAGGGAUUCAGAAUUUUAAGCUUCCUUCUAAAGUCAAGCAGGUCUUUGGUAAAGGUUUGGUGAAAGCUGCAGAAACUACUGGAGCAUGGAUCAUGACAGAGGGCAUUAAUACAGGAGUGUCCAAACAUGUAGGCGAUGCCUUAAAAGCUCAUGCUUCCCAGCAUUUAAGAAAAAUAUGUGCCAUUGGGAUCCCACCCUGGGGAGUUAUUGAGAACCAAAAGGAUCUUAUUGGAAAAGAUGCAGUUUGCCUUUAUCAAACUCUGGUAAAUCCUCUAAGUAAGCUCACCACUCUGAAUAGUAUGCAUUCCCAUUUCAUCAUGGUGGAUGAUGGCACAGCUGGAAAGUAUGGAAACGAGAUGAAACUUAGAAGAAACCUUGAGGAAUACAUAUCGCUUCAGAAAAUACACACCCGAAUGGGACAAGGUGUCCCUGUAGUUGGUCUGGUAGUGGAAGGAGGCCCAAAUGUUAUCUUGAUGGUGUGGGAAUAUGUCCGCAGCACUCCAUCCAUUCCUGUGGUGGUUUGUGAAGGGACAGGCAGAGCUGCAGAUAUCUUGGCAUUCACACACAAGCACACAGCAGAUAAAAGAGAGAUCUCUGCACAGCUGAAGGAUGACAUUCUGCAAAUGAUCCAGCAGACAUUUAGUCUCGGUCAUAGGCAGGCUAAUCACAUUUUAUUUAUUCUCAUGGAGUGCAUGGAGUGCCGUGAUUCUAUCACAUUAUUUGAUUCAGAGUCUGAAGAACAACAGGAUAUUGAUAUGGCAAUUCUGACGGCUCUUCUGCAAGGCACUAACAUGUCUGCACCAGACCAGCUGAGCUUGGCUUUGACUUGGAACAGAGUGGAUAUUGCUAAGAAGCAUAUCCUCGUGUAUGGCCAGCACUGGAAAGUUGGUUCUUUAGAAAAAGCCAUGCAGGAUGCCUUAGUAAUGGAUCGUGUGGAUUUUGUGAAGCUGUUGAUAGAAUACGGAGUGAACAUGCACCGUUUCCUCACCAUAAGCAGAUUGGAAGAACUGUACAAUACAAAACAAGGACCAACAAAUCUGCUUUUACAUCAUCUUGUUGGAGACGUAAAACAGAGUAACCUUUCUAAAGACUACAAAAUUACGCUAAUUGACGUGGGAUUAGUAAUUGAAUACUUGAUUGGAGGGGCCUAUAGAAGCAGCUACACGAGGAAGAGUUUCCGUGCCUUAUACAAUAGUCUCUACAGGAAGCAAAAGAGGACCCACAAUUCUACCAACAGUCUGGCACGAAGUUUGUCUAAUCUUUCGUUAAGCCAGAACAGCCAGAUGAACAGCAAGCUUGCUUCACCUGAGAAUACCUUGCAUUCCCAGUUCCUCCGGACAGCACAGCCUUAUAAGCGCAAGGAGAAGACUACAUGCACCCAAAAGUCAAAGAAGAAACCCAAGGAUGAGAUGAGUUCCACUAAGGAACCUGAGCUAGCAGGUUUUAUGUAUCCCUACAAUGACCUCUUGGUUUGGGCCGUGCUGAUGAAGAGACAAAAUAUGGCUAUGUUUUUCUGGCAGCAUGGAGAAGAAGCUAUGGUAAAGGCAGUAAUUGCCUGCAAACUAUACCGCGCCAUGGCACAUGAGGCAAAACAGAGCAACAUGGUUGAUGAUACCUCGGAAGAGUUAAAGAAAUACUCAAAGGAAUUUGGCCAACUCGCUCUGGACCUCCUAGAAAAUGCUUUCAAAAGGAACGAGCAAAUGGCAAUGAAACUUCUGACAUAUGAACUGAAGAACUGGAGCAACUCAACAUGCCUAAAACUAGCGGUGUCAUCUGCUUUGCGCCCAUUCAUGUCCCACACAUGCACUCAGAUGCUGCUAACAGACAUGUGGAUGGGGUGCUUGAAGAUCAGGAAGAACUCUUGGCUCAAGAUUAUUUUAGGCAUUCUGUUACCACCCUGCAUUUUGAUGAUGGAGUUUAAAACUAAGGCAGAAAUGUCACAUCUACCUCAGGCACAGGAUUUCCACCAAUUUGCCAGGUUUUAUGUAGAUACCCCUUCUCCUAAUGUGAAAUUGGAACAUGUAGUGCAAGGCUUUGAUGCUGAAAAGGGAGGAAAUAAUUUAGCUGAAGAAAAGAAUCUUAAUGUACAUGGAAACCUGCCCAUAACUAGGAAGAUCUGUGAGUUCUACGGUGCCCCUAUUGUCAAGUUUUGGUUUCACACUAUGGCAUAUUUGCUUUUCCUUAUGCUAUUCACAUAUGUAGUGUUGGUCAAGAUGGAGCCAGUGCCUAGUGUCCAAGAAUGGCUGGUCAUUACGUACAUGUUUACUAAUGCUAUUGAGAAAGUCAGAGAGGUUUUUAUGUCAGAACCAGGAAAAUACUCUCAGAAAGUCAAAGUCUGGCUGAAUGAAUACUGGAAUGUGACAGACUUCAUAGCUAUUAUUUUAUUUGUGGUUGGUUUUGCCCUGCGCUGGGCUCAUUCACCUCUGAACACAGCAGGCAGAAUAAUUUACUGCCUGGACAUCAUAUUUUGGUAUACGCGACUUUUGGAUUUCUUUGCUGUGAACCAGCAAGCUGGACCUUACAUUACUAUGAUUGGCAAGAUGACGUCAAACAUGUUUGGCAUUGUGAUUAUAAUGGCUAUUGUUCUGCUGGCCUUUGGUGUGGCAAGGAAAUCUAUUCUUUCUCCAUCAGAACCUCCUUCUUGGACAUUGGCUCGUGAUAUUGUAUUUCAGCCAUACUGGAUGAUGUUUGGUGAAGUCUAUGCUAGUGAAAUAGAUGCAUGUGAAGAUGAUCCAGAUUGUCCUCCUGGCUCAUUCAUCACCCCUUUCCUACAAGCUGUCUACCUUUUUAUCCAGUACAUUAUCAUGGUCAACUUGCUGAUUUCCUUUUACAAUAAUGUGUACAUGGAGAUGAAAUCUAUUUCUCACAAACUGUGGAAGUAUAAUCGCUACCGAUAUAUCAUGUUGUACCAUGACAAGCCAUGGCUACCUCCUCCAUUUAUCCUGCUAAGCCAUAUAUAUCUACUCAUUCACCGCCUUUGCCAGAAUCACUAUCACACUGAGAAUGAUCAAGAUGAAGGUGAUGUUGGAUUAAAACUCUAUCUUAGUGAUGAUGAAUUGAGAAAACUCCACGACUUUGAGGAAAAGUGUGUGGAAACAUAUUUUCAUGACAAAAAGGAAAGUUUACACUCAAGUGACAGUGAAAGGAUUCGCACAACAACCCUAAGAACUGAAGAAAUGUUCCUGCAACUUAAGGAGAUGAAUGAGAAAGUGUUUUAUAUAAAGGACUCUUUGAUAUCUCUGGAUAGUCAACUGGGACACUUACAAGACAUUUCAGCCUUGACAGUGGACACGUUGAAAUUGAUUUCAGCAGUAGAUACAUUACAGGUAGAAGAGGCCAUUAUACAAGACCAGAAAACAUUGUCAUGUAAGAAGAUACCUCAUAGCUGGAGUAAUGUGACAUGUUCUGAGAACAACAGAAACUAUAAUUAUUAUAGCAUGCCACCCUCGCUUCUGAGAACAUUGGCAAGGAGCCAAUGGCCUUCAGGGUGUCUAGAUCCUUCUAAGGAAAUACAUUUUCCUUUGGAAAAUAGUAAAACAAUAGAAUCUGAGGCAGGAAAAGACACUGUCACUUCUGUAAUAUCAUCAGAAAACAAGUCUACUCUGCAAUAUGGGAAUUUUCUGCUUGUUCCUUCCAGUCAUGUUGGAAUGACCUACUCUGAUGAACCUUUUCUGGACUUCUCAGUUCCUAAAGUUAUUAAUAGUUCUGAAGCAGAUUUCAGAGAUGGUAAAGCCAAAGAAAUUUGUAUCCCUCCCAUUGGCCUGAUUAUCUGUGGCCAAGAGGAUUCAGAGAAUGAUGAUAAACAAGUGGCAACCAAGGAUGAGUUAAAGAUUCCAGAAAUAUGUGUAGACCAAUGUAAUGUGGACCCUGUGAGUGAAAGAUCUCAUGGUUGCUCAGCUUCAGCAGGAGUUUUUGUAAAUUUGGCCUUUUCAGAAGAAGGUGAAGUUGGAAUUUUUAAUGGUGGCAAAAACCAAGAACCUUUUCCUUUAGAAAAUAGUAAAACAAAAGAAUCUGAAACAGAAAAUGACACUGUCACCUCUGUAAUAUCACCAGAAAACAAGUCUACUCUGCAGUAUGGGAAUUUUCUGCUUGUUCCUUCAAGUCAUGUUGGAAUGCCUUGUUCUGAUGAACCUGUUCUGGACUUCUCAGUUCCUACAUUUAUUGAAAGUACUGAGGCAGAUUUCAGAGAUGGUAAAACCAAAGAAAUGUGUAUUUCUCCCAUUGGCCUGAAUACCUGUGGCCAAGAGGAUUAUGAAAAUAAUGAUAAACAAAUGGCAACCACGGAUGAGUUACACAUUCCUGAAAUAUGUGUAGACCAAUGUUAUGUGGACCGUGUGGGUGAAAAAUCUCAUGGUUGCUCAGCUUCAGCAGGAGGUUUUGUAAAUUUGGCCUUUUCAGAAGAAGGUGAAGUUGGAAUUUUUAAUGGUGGCAAGAACCAAGAACCUUUUCCUUUAGAAAAUAGUAAAACAAAAGAAUCUGAAACAGAAAAUGACACUGUCACCUCUGUAAUAUCACCAGAAAACAAGUCUACUCUGCAGUAUGGGAAUAUUCUGCUUGUUCCUUCAAGUCAUGUUGGAAUGCCUUGUUCUGAUGAACCUGUUCUGGACUUCUCAGUUCCUACAUUUAUUGAAAGUACUGAGGCAGAUUUCAGAGAUGGUAAAACCAAAGAAAUGUGUAUUUCUCCCAUUGGCCUGAAUACCUGUGGCCAAGAGGAUUAUGAAAAUAAUGAUAAACAAAUGGCAACCAAGGAUGAGUUACACAUUCCUGAAAUAUGUGUAGACCAAUGUUAUGUGGACCGUGUGGGUGAAAAAUCUCAUGGUUGCUCAGCUUCAGCAGGAGGUUUUGUAAAUUUGGCCUUUUCAGAAGAAGGUGAAGUUGGAAUUUUUAAUGGUGGCAAGAACCAAAAACGAUGCAUUCACCCUAAUCACUGUGAAAACUGUCAAUGUUUAAAUAGGUUUGAUCAAUGUAUCUAUGUCAAGGACACAAAUAUACUUUCUCAUAGCGCAAAAAAAGGUAUGCCAGCUGAUGAUCAGCAUCAGAGCACCUCAUUCUGGGUCAGUCCUCAUAAGAACUGUAAUUUCCGUAAAUCCAGUUUUAAAGGUCAAAAACAUAAAGAAGGGAAAACAAAUACGAUUAAAGAGUUUGCUAAAUAUUCCGAGUUAAAUCAAGUUUCAUGGGCAAAAGAAAAAAUACGGAAUACUUUUAGAAGAUCAAACAAAGAGAAGAAAAAACAAACUCAGCUUCAAGUGCCUGUGAUUACUGUGGAUAGUUGUUCCCAGAGCACCCAGAUGAGCUCAGAACCGGCAGAAUGCAGCGGCCUGAAGAAUGAAGAGGACGAAUGUAGCAAAAACUGGCUCUCAGUAUCCAGUUUUAAUCAACUAAGAUUGGAACACGUGAAUUAUGUUCGGCAGCAACUAAAAGCUCAAGAAAUUGGAAGAAAUUUAUUACAGACCAAUGAAUACUUGAGGCAUUCCCGAGAGGAGCUACACAACAGUACAGCUCAGAUGAAAAGGACUUCCCUAUUUAGAACUUCAUAUUCUGUCAAAAAUAUGUCAUCUUCUUUAAAAGCCUCUCAAGACUUGAACAAUCAUUACUCAGCGGUGGAAAGAAAUAACUUGAUGAGACUUGCACAGACUAUACCUUUUACCCCAGUGCAUCUCUUUGCUGGAGAAGAAGUUACCGUAUAUAGGCUCGAAGAGAGUUCACCAACCAGCUUGGGUAAAAGCAUGUCCACCUGGUCUCAAAGAGGAAUGGCAGCGAUGCUUCAGGUCCUCUCUCCUGAAGAAAUGGAUGGGGGUCUUCGCAGAGCUCUAAAAGUAGUCUGUACAUGGUCAGAACAUGAUGUCCUAGAUCCUGGAGAGAUCUUCAUUGUCAAAUCAUUCCUUCCCGAAGUGGUGCAAACAUGGCAGAAGGUUUUCCAUGGGGACACUGUAUUGCAGCUUUGCUUAAGGGAGAUUCAGCAACAGAGGGCUGCACAGAAGUUGAUUUUCACAUUCAAUCAAUUGAAACCGCACAGUAUUCCCUACAAGCUGAGGUUCCUAGAAGUCUUUUUGAUCUAUUGUCAUUCUGCUAAUCAAUGGUUAACAAUAGAGAAAUACAUGACAGGAGAAUUCCGAAAGUACAAUAACAACAAUGGCGAUGAGAUCACCCCAAUCACUUUACUGGAGGAAGCACUGCUGUCGUUUUCUCACUGGACCUUUGAGUAUACCAGGGGAGAGCUACUUGUUCUUGAUCUGCAAGGUGUUGGAGAAAAUCUUACAGACCCAUCUGUUAUUAAACCGGAAGACAAGCAGUCAAGAGGUAUGGUGUUUGGACCAGCCAAUUUAGGAGAAGAUGCACUUACAAAUUAUGUUUCGAAACACCGCUGCAACUCUUGCUGUCGGAAACUCAAACUUUCUGAUUUGAAAAGAAAUGACUACUCACCUGGGAGGAUCAAUCUAGGGUUUGAAAUCGGAGAAGCAGACACAGAUGAAGACAUUUUGGAACAUAAUACAAAACUGUAAAACAACAUUGCACAGAGUUAUAAAAAAAACUUUCCACUGGAUGCUGUAGUAUGAUAUUGGUGGACAGACCCCAUCAUAAAUAUAAGUAUUAUUGUUAAUUGAUCACACAUGUUUCCCUUCAGUCACACAACCCAUAGCCGUUCAUUCAUCUGUGAAGGCAUCUUAUUUUUGCAGAUGUAUAUGAAGUUUGUAUUGAACUGCCCAAUUGUACAAUAAAG